AUGAGCUUGAAAAAUGAAGUAAAAACUAAAAAUACAAAAACUAAUGUUAACAAUUUGAGUACAUACAACAAGGGUUCACAUUUUAACCGUUUAACGGUUGUUGAAAAUGAUCAUAUGGGAAGCAGAAGCAACGCAAUAGAAUCAAGAGAAGAAAGAAUGCACAGAAGAAAUAGAAAUGCACACAUGAAUGCUCCUAUUAGAAGUCAUAAUGAUUGUAUAGACAACGAUAGAAAUAGCAUUGAUUUUAGCCAAGGGGGUGAUAAUGACUUGAAUAGGAAUAUUAUGGUAAACCAAGACACAUUGGAAUGUAGUAACCAAAAUAAAAAACUAUGCACGCAAAUAGAUUCUGAAAGUAGACUAUAUGAUACUGACGAAAAAAUUAUUGAAAAUAUUAUUAUCCCACAAAAUGGUAACAAUAAUCCAGAUGCAAAUCCAAGUACAAAAAUAAAUUCAGAUCAAAGAAGGAAUGAAAAGGAUUUAAGUGUGGAUAAUAAUAAGGAUCAAAAUGAAACACAUAAUACACAUGAUGGUAAGGAUGGUAAUAUCAUCCAAAAGAAAAAAAGAUUUAUGAAUAAUGAACAUAAAGAAGGAGAAGUGGGGAAAAUAGAAGAAAAUCAUGAUGAUAAAAAUUCAGUUAUACAAGAAUCAGUAACAGUUACCCCUAAGAGAUCCAGAAGAAGACCCAUAAGAAACUACAAAUAUGAUAUGUUCUUUCAAGAAGAUAGUACAAGAAGUAUAGAGGGGAAUAAUAGGAAAAAGAAAAAAUUGGAACUAGAAAAAAACCUAACAGAAAUUUCCGAAGAAAAUUAUUCUUAUAACGAAAAUAAUAGCUUUGAAAAUAAUGAUAACAAAUUAGCAACUGAAAUGAGUGUAAGUAAUAUCCAAAAUGAAGAAAUGUUUGAGGAAGAAACUGUUAAUAAAAAUGCUAACUUAAAAUCUGUCAUACAUUUGAAUGAAAAUGUACUUGUUCAAAAACCAGAACAUUACUACUGCAAUGUUUUAGGAAACGAUGUAUUAGCUGAUACGUCAGAAAAGGUCUUAACUAAUUUUUGUAGCCCACAUGUUAAUAAACCCAUGACAGAUAGUAAUAAUAAUGUAUGUAGUAGUACUCCUACUGCUGGUACUUCUGUAGUAAGAAGCUGUAACAAUAGCUACGAUUUAUCUCCCAUUAACCCAAAGCAGGAGAUCGAAAAGGAUGAAGAUACGAGGGAAGUAGAAAAAGAUCACGUAAUGGUAGAAAAUUUCCGUGAAACUAUUGCACUUAAUAUGGGAAGAAGUACUUCCUUGCGUCAUUUUGGAAGAGGAAAAUAUCACAGAGGUAGAGGUAAAGGAAGAGGUAAAGUAGGGCGAAGAAGAGGCAGAAGAUUUCUUACAGGUAGCAGGAUGGGAAGCUUUGAAAAAUCAUAUAGCAUUAAUAACGACUUUACGUUAAAUAACGUGAAAAGUGCAUUUCCUAGAGUAGCAGAGGAGGAGGAGGAGAAUGUGAAUAUUAACACAGUUAAUGAGGUCAUUCAGACGCAAGGUGUAAUAGCAAUACCACCCGUACCCUCCCCCCCUGUUGAGAAGAAAAAAAGAGGAAGAAAAAAAAAAGUACACAACAAUAUUGAAAACAAUGUGGUUGAUAUAAAUAUGAACGAUAUUGCAAAUGGAAAUAAUAAUUCAACAAAUAUUAUUAUAUCAGAUAUCAAUAUUAGGACAAGGAGAAGUGACUUGUCUUAUCAAAAGAACAAGGAAUCAUGUGAUGUAAUUUCUACUAAUUUUCAGAUAUCUGAUAAUAUGCAAUCCAUAUCACAAGAUACAUUAAUGCCUUCUCUGAAAAAUUCCAAAAUUGACAUAAGUAGCAAUAGUGUUAUCAGAACCUAUACACCUGGAAGAAGAAGGAGAAGAAAAAGAGGAAGAAAAAAGGAUGUAAAAAGUACAGAAUCGUGGUGUAAUACCAACGACCCAUCCAUUACUACGUCGACUACUGGUGCUAUUUCUUCCAAUUUGGCCAAUUCUAGUAUUCCUAUGCAAGAUGCCAAUAUUGGUCAUUCUGAACAGCCAGAAUAUAUUUAUGGUAGAAAUGUAAGGAAAAAAAGAGGUGGGGCAAGAGGUAGAUGUAGUGGUGGUAGGGGUAAACCAAGAGGUCGUAGACCCGCUUUAGUUAGCAUGCCAAAUAACAUAUCAAAUUAUAAGAAUGGUAUUUCUAAUGCGUUAUCUGUGAAUGAAGAUGGUGGUAGUACAAGACAUGACAACAAUAGUAAUAACGAGUACGAGAGUGAUAAUAAAAGACUUUUUCCAAAUGAGACAUUUCAAAUUAAAGAAGAAUUUAUGAAUAAUGUAAACAGUCUGAAUACAGUAUUUAAUUUUAAUGAUGAAUUUUUAAGAUUUUUGAAAAAAGUUAGCAAAAUUGAUGACAUUGAUUAUGACAUUAUGCUGUCCUUCUUAGGAGAAGUUCAAGUAAAAUUAUCGGAUAAUAUUAAACAAGAAUUUUCCACGGAAUGCUUAGAUUCACAUAAUGUAGAUGAAGCUGUAUAUGUUAUGGGAUAUAUAGUAGACAUAUUAAAUAAUAAUAAUGAAAUAUUAAAUAAGCUGAAUCAGUUAGAAUAUAAAUUUUAUUAUGAUUAUUUGCGGAAUAGAUCAUCUAUGGAAAAAACCAGUAAAAAUAAUUAUGGUCGUAUAGAAAAUAAAAUAGCUUUAAACAUUGCUCGUAUUUCUAGAGAUAUGAAUAAUGAGUGCUGUGGAAAAAUACAAAGUAAUGACCUAGAUGAUGAUGAUGAUUAUAAUACUGGUAAUAACGAAUCUAGCAAAAGUUUUAAUGAAAUUGAUGAUGAGGAAGAAAGAAAAUUAAAUGAACUUCUCUACUGUACUAAUAAAGUAACAGAUGGUACGUACAAAAUCCCGAAUUGUGCAGAUAUGUAUUUUAUGAAUUACAAUGAAGAAGAUGAUUUUUAUCAUAUAAAUGAACGAAGUUUAAAUAUAAAAAAUGAUUAUACUAGUUUUCUGCAUCAGUCCAACACAGCCGAAGACAAACCUCACAGUGAAAGCAGUGUAAACCUUCCUGAAAGUUCUUAUCAGCAUCCACCUUGUACCCGAACUUCAGAAGAGGUACAACAAAAUUUGAAGGAGAAUUACAAGGGACACGUUAACAUGCAAUGUGAUGAUGAAACAAACGCAUUAACGCAUGAUGUGAAGAAGUUACCUGAUAAAAACUUAACUAGUGGCAAUAUCUAUUUGAAAGGUAGGAGUAUAAUAAGUAACUUGGAUGAAAAGGAAAUAAAAGAGGGAAAAGACGAAGGAGGAGGAGGAGAUAUGGCAAUAGGAAAUGAAGAUGUGCAGAAAAAUACACAUCAUAAUGAAGAAAAUGAAAAAAUUAACAAAGAAAUAAAAAAUAAUCAAAAUGAAAAAAAUAUUAACAAGAAGAAUGAUCUUCAGAAUAAUUAUACACAAAAAAUGAUAUAUCAAAAUAAAGUCGAUUUUGUAUGUGAUGAGUUGAAUAAACUUAUAAAACACACACUAAAAAAUGAAAAUAUAUUUUAUUCGAAUUAUUCACAGGGUAGAUAUAAAAAUGUAACGGAAGAAAGUUUAUAUAAAAAUUACAUUUCUACGAAAUUGUAUAAGAGAACGAAUUUGAUUGAUAGAUGUAGCGAGGAACUGAAUGAGAAUCUUACAAAUCAAAGGUUAUUUAGAAACAGGCAAAUGAAUGGGGUUGAAAGUGUGAAUAGAAAUGUUGACGAGCGAGAAAAAACAUUGAUGCAAAAUUAUGCUGAUUAUUUUAGGAGAUUGAACAAUGUUCCCAGGAGUGAAAGACGUGACCUCAUCUAUGAAAAUGAUGAAAGUGACCAUAAAAAGGUAGGAGGUUACGCAAGUGCUAAAAUUAGCAAUGAACAACCUUUCCAUUAUGCUCUCGGCCAAGCUGAAGCAAAGUCCCAUCCUAGUGGUAUAAUUAUAGCACCGACAGGAGCAGCAGAAGUGGAAGAAGCAGCAGAAGUUGAAGAAGUAGCAGAAGUGGAAGAAGCAGCAGAAGUAGAAAAAGCAGCAGAAGUUGAAGAAGUAGCAGAAGUAGGAGCAGAAGCAGCAGAAGCAGCAGAAGCAGCAGAAGCAGCAGAAGCAGCAGAAGCAGCAGAAGCAUCCAAUUUGGAAAUAAAAAUGUUCCCUGAAGGAGAUGCAAAAAUGGACACCCCUUUUGAGGAAAACAGCGGGAGUAAUAUUCAUUUGAAGGCAAAGCAGUUAAGCAACGAUAGCAACAAUAUCAGCAUAGUAAGUAGUAACAUUGGAGAAAUUUUCAGUUGUAUUUCGAUUCAUGAUAGUGAAGAUGUCACGUUAGUGAAUAAAAGUGGGGGGGGACAACAUGAGGAUGCAGAUAUAAAAAAUGUAUGUGUAAAUUUACAAGUUGAAGUAAAAAGAGAACCAAAUGAGAAGGAAGAAAAUGAUGAAAACAAGGAUCGCUAUUUGGAUAAUAAUAAAAUGAAUGAUUUAAAUAACAACAAACAUUUUGAUAAAGGACAAAAAUGCAUAUUAAAUAAGGAGGAAAAUAAGCACAGUGAAAAUAACCAAAAUGAUGCAAUACAGAAAUGUUACGAACAUAAGAAAAAAGUAUCCAGAAUUUCAAGCAUUAUUCCCUUUUUUAAAUUAAAUUUAAAGAUAAAUGAACAAAAUCGUAAUAAUAUUGAUAACAAGGAUGAUAAUAAUAAUGAUUAUUAUGAUCGGGUUAAGAAAGAAGAUGAACAAACUGGAAAUAAUGAAACCAGAUUGACUUCAAGUGCAUAUUCCAAGGAUGAUGGUAAUGAAAGCUGUGAGAAAGGUGUACCAUCAGAUAAAGAAAAAUUAGGUGGAGGGAAUGCAAAUUCUUCGAGGACAACAGAAAAUGAGAAAAUUAAAAAUUGUAACUCAAUUGAAGGUAACUCAUUAGAUAUUUCAAAUCCCAACGAAAAAGAAAAUAUUGUUAAAAGCACAACGGAUGUAUUGUCUCGUUACAAUAAUAACAGUUUGGGCGAUUCUCGUAUGCCAAAGAAAAGGCGUGCACAUGUUUUGAGGAAUAUAAAUGAAGCAUGUGAGAAGAAUAUCGACGUCUUACUAAAAGAAACAUUUCAUUUAAAGGAUGACGAAUUUAAGAAUAUGACAGGGAGUAGAACACAGAAAGAAAUUUUAAGCUGUUUGAGAAUGGUGUCUCAGAUUAAAAAAAUAUUUUUUGAUGAGUGCACGAAAAUGAUUAAUGACCAGAUUUAUGUCCUAGAAAAAAAUUUUAGGAUACCUGAUUGUUCCUUGUCUGUAUUGAAAAAUUCAUUCGGGUACAAUGAUAAUAAGUGA